AUGGCUCGUCGUACUCGUGAGCCACGCCGCGAGUGGGAGGAGUGCAGUGCUUUAAAAGUGGCGUUUUGCGUGCAGCAGAGGGCCUGCGGGCCGCCGCCGGCAUCGACCGCUAGCAACGGUGCGACAAGCGGCAGCAGCAACAGCAACAACAACGAUGCCACCGAGAAGUCGAACGCGACAAAAAAAGCCGCGCUCGUAGCGUCGGCUGCUGUUAUUCAACGUCGCCUGAGCAUCGGCGACGUCGAAACCAGCCAUCGUGUCAAGGGAUGCGGCGCGAACGACGAAGCCACCGCGGAGGCCGACGACGACGAGGAGCAGCUUACGGUAGACCCGACAGAGCUGGUGCUGACGAGGCACAGGAUGCCCGUUAACGCGACCACCGCCAAUGCGUCCGUACGCGGCUCGGUUUCGGCCUGCUCGAGCCCGAGGGCUAGUGUGUCGGCGGAGUCGUCGGAAGAGCUGGUGCGACGACUGCUGGAGCGCGAGCUGCGCCUCUUCGAUCUGAUCGAUCCGCGCGAUCUGCGCUCGUACGCCUGGUACCACGGCAGCACCCUGCCCGGCGGCAGGAAGGGCGCCGAGGCCGAGAUACCGAACGACGGCGACUUUCUGGUGCGCGACUGCGCCAGCCAGCCGGGCAAUUACGUGCUCAGUGUCAGGCACAGAGGCCAGCCGCUGCACUUUGUCAUCAACAAGAUGAUACUGCAGCCGAACACGGUGUACGAGCGCGUGCAGUAUCGCUUCGAGGACGAGGCCUUCGACACGGUGGCGGACCUGAUCACCUUCUACGUGGGCAGCAAGCGACCGAUCAGCCAGGCUAGCGGCGCCCGCAUCGUCACGCCCCGUCAUCGCAAGGUGCCCCUCGCCUCGGCCUCGGGCUUUCUCCUCUGCCCGAGCGCCAGCUCGUCCUCCUCGUCGCUGUCGACGAGCACCGCGACGACCAACACGAGCCACAGAUCGCCGCCCCACGUGCCUCGCAAGAAGGAGCGCAGCAUGUCGCUCAGCGGACAGCAGCACUAUCAGAGCCCGCCACCGCCCCAGAUGAUACCGCUGCAUCAGAUCGCGGCGUCGCAGAUGCACGCCAGCGGCAACAAUUGCUCCAGGACGCUGCCGCGGGUGCCGUCGUCGAUGAUGACCCAGUCGAUCUCGUGCUCGCACUCGCUGGAUCGACAAAAGAUCGGCCGAGUGGUCACCGAUCCGGCCCUCAAGUUCCAGCAGCUGCAGCGACAGCAGCUGCGUCAGCUUCUGGACGAGGCGGCCGAGGAGCCGCAUUACCAGACGCCGAGGAACAACUCGGUCGUGAUACCGGCCGGCUUGGAGGACGAUCCUCCGCCGAAGCCACCGCGAGUGCCCAGACACCUGAAGCCGGCGACGGGUAGCGGCGGACCGCCCUAUCCGUAUCCCGCGUCGUCGCUCGGCAAGGCGCGCCAGGCCUCGGGCAGCGACAGCGGCAACGGCUCCGGCGACAGCGAGUCCAGCAGCAACGGCGGUGGCAGCCUGAACAACGGCGGCGCCGGGGCGUCGGUCGCCUCUCUGCCCAUGCAGCCGGCCAUGCGCGGCAUCAUCCUGCGCAGCUAUCAGCAGGCCAAGGCCCUGGGCCUCAACGAGCUCGACAUCAAGCAGUGGGAGGAGCUCGAGAAGAAGAUCAUGGAGACGACGCCCAACUUCGAGAUAGCCUCGGUACUGGAGCCGGACUUCCAGACGGUGCUGUUGCCCAACGGCGAGCACAAGCCCCUCGACGCGAUGGCCCUCAGGGGCAUCUCGUGCAUGCUCACGGAGACGGCCUCGCGCAUACUGGCCCAGCAUCUCACCAAAAUCGACGUGGACAUGCUCUUGAAGGUCUACGUGGAAGAGCCUCCGAGCGUCAGGGAGGGCCAGUGCGGCCUCGAGCUGCUCGUCCAGCCGUACGCGCGCCAGACCCGGCUGGACGUGAUCGAGCGCACCGAGUGCCUCAAGCUCGUGGUGGGCGUGACGGUGCUGAUCUGCCAGACGCCGGCGGAGCGCGCCGCGAUGAUCAGCCGCUGGAUCCAGGUGGCCAUCGACACCAAGACGGCCCUCGGCAAUCUCUACGGCUUCUGCGGCGUCAUGCUGGGCCUGUGCCUGCCGCAGAUUCAGCGACUCGCCGGUACCUGGCAUCUGCUCAGGCAGAAGCACACCGACGAGGCGUUCACGUUCGAGGCCAAGCUGAGGCCGACGCUGCGAGCCAUGAACGAGUGCACCGAUCCGCAGGCGCCCAACACGACCAUUCCACACAUACUGCCGAUCGCCCUGCUCAACGAGAGGACUCAGGACGACGUUUUAGGCAAGACUCCGCCAUCGGCCCUGGCCGCCGCGGUGCUGUCGCCCUGGGAGAACUCGGCGGCCGACUGCGGCCUGUCCAUCAUGUGGGCGCACCUCGAGGCGUCGCGCAAAAUGACCGAGAGUCUGACGCUGUUCCGACGCAACGCCGAGAUCGCCCUCGACGGGCUGCGCAGCGACGAGCUCGUGCUCGACGCCUUCCGCACCGAGUUCCAGAUGCGAUUCCUGUGGGGCAGUCGGGGCUCGGCCGUGACGGCCUCGGAGCGACACGCCAAAUUCAUCCAGGUGCUCGACGCCAUGUACGACAAGUGCGCGGCCACCGAGCAGAUAUGAAUGAAUAGGGAUGCGGGCCUUCGUUGCUGUUCACUCUUUUUCAUCAUGAUAUUAACAUCGAGGCGCGUUUAGCGGCGUUUUCUCUUUGCAUAUAAAAAAUAUAUAAUAUAUCGUUGUGCGUAUAGCGGCUUUUCGAGGGAAUUCGAUGCAGUCAAAUCAAAGAUCCUCGAAUCUAAUAAAUGGCUAUAAACUAAUCUAACUAAUUGCUGCGUGCAGUGUAUCGUAUAUUAUAAUAAUAUUAUAUAUGAGAAUCAAACUUGACUCGAAUUCGCUUAAAAAGCCAUUCUAUAUGCAUGUCGUAGACGAGGCCAAAAAAAAUUCAAAAUAAACCGCAGUUAUGUAGCUAUAUCACGUAUACACACACACCACACGUUUUGUAU